AUGCUCCUACGUGCCAGUGGUUAUUACCAAGGUUUGGUGAACAGUGGAAUGAAAGAUGUCCAUUAUAGAGAGCUUACUUUGGCUUGUUUAACAAAUGAAUCGUUAAUAGAAGUAAGGGAUUAUUUAUCCAGAUUGUCAACCAACGUGUUGGAAAGCGUGAAGUCGUUGAAUGAAGUAGAAGCAGGGCUGGAUGGUGCUUUCUACCUACAAAUAAAUGAUAUGAUUAAUAGCUACAUUGAAUUGUUGUUGAAAAAUUUGAACAAGUCAGCAUGCAUUCGUAUUUUGGACAUCGCAAACAAGUACGUUUUAAAUAAUAAGGUUGUCGAAAAAGUUAUUAAAUUCAUGUUGAAGUAUUUCAAAGAGAUCCCAGAAAGCUGCAAAAUAUCAUUAUCACCAGACGAAAUGUUUUGCUUGGUUGCAUCAGAGGAAAUGAAUGCAGACAGCGAAAUGGAUAUUUUCAAUCUGAUAAUUAAGUGGGUUUCGGAGGAUCCGUCGAGAAAAUGUUUUGCAGAAAAAUUGUUGACCGAAGUGAGGUACAAUCUGAUGACAACCUCGGAUAAGCAAAAAUGUACUGACACAAUUCUUGAUCUAAAUUUAAAUAUUAGCUAUGAUACAGAUAAAGAUUCUAAUAUUUCUCGUACAGGCCAGAAAAGAAGCUUUGUUGAUAUUCUUCCAGUUUAUGAUUUUGUUGAAGCUUGCAAAUUCAGUGGGGACAACUCUGGCCCAUCACCAGUCAAAUUCAAUCCAUCAAGAAGAAGCCGACCACCAUGUAAUGUGACUCGUACGGCCUGUGUGGUUGACAACUGCUUGUAUCUGUUCGAAAAAUGGACAAAUGAUGGUAGUUUCUCUGGCAGAAUUUUCAUGUACAAUCCGAUUGCUGCUGUUUGGUCUAAGUGUUGCAGCAUGCAUCAAACGAAGGUUGAUUUCUAUUUUGGAGGGCUAGCUGGCAAUCUCUUUGCAGUUGCUGGUUGCCUCGCAAAUUACGACAUCGCGGUCGGCUUAACUCCAGCUGUUGAACAAUACGUACCAAGUGAAAACCGAUGGUACAUGGCGGAACCUCUACCUCAUGCAGUUGCGAAUUUGGCAGGUUGUGUGUGGAAUGGCACGAUGUUUGUCAGUGGCGGGCGUGACCCAUGGACAAGGUGUCUGGUGUACCAGUAUGACCCUUUAUGUAACAAAUGGUUUGCGAAAGCUCCCAUGUUGACGGCUCGGACUGACCACGUCAUGACAUGCACGGGGAAUAAGAUUUUCGCCGUUGGAGGCUUUGUUGAAGCAGAUGAUGACUAUCCGGAUGAAGUGGAAUUUAUUUGGCCUAAUGGAGGCGAUUCAAGGGAUGGAGAGAUGUAUGAUGUAGAGACUGAUCAGUGGACAUCAGUGUUUAACCUAUGGAGGCCUGCUUUUCAUACACCAUCCAUCACCAUCAACAACUGCCUCUACAUCUUUGGAAGAAAUAGGUAUCGAAAUUUACAAAAGAUUAAUCUGGCAAAGUACACGAAGGAGAAGAAAACGUCAAAUGAUUCAAAUUCCUCAUCAGUGCAAGACAGGAAUGCCGAUAAUAAUAAUUUUGUGGUGAUAGAUGCAGAAGAACAGAAUUCUCACACACAUGAUUGCCAAAUUUUUAAAUUUAAUCGACAGAAAAAAGGACGGUUUAAAUAUCAUUACGUUGGUGUCAUGUUUGUGUCGAAUAUUUGA